AUGUUGGGACAGAGCAUCCGGAGGUUCACAACCUCUGUGGUUUGUCAGAGCCACUACGAGGAGGUUCCAGGGAAGAAUAUACCAUUUUCAGUGGAAAACAAGUGGAGAUUACUAGCUAUGAUGACUUUGUUCUUUGGGUCUGGAUUUGCUGCACGUUUCUUUAUAGUAAGACACCAACUGCUUAAAAAGUAAUCCAUGAGACAGAUAGGAAGAGGAAAAUAUUAAGAGGUGCAAUCUCUU